AUGUGUGAUGUCAGCAUGAAGGCACGACCACCUGCAGAGGUGGAUGUGACCGUGUAUAAACAGCGUUUUGAAGAUAACCAGCGAGUCAAAGAGCUCAGUGGAAGUAUCACGAGACACAUUCAGAUCCCUCCUGACCCAAACGUCAAAGAGCUGCACCUGUACGAAGGCUUCAUCGCUCGUCUGGAGACGGACUCCGCCGUGCAGAGUGUUUGGCGAAGUGGCCUUCACAUGUUGGGCUUGCAGAGGUCAAAAGCUGUGGACGCGUCAGACGCCUGGCAGGACUCAGCGAGGACUCUGCUGCACAGAAUCUUCCAGAAAUGGACGCCGUCAGACAAACAGAGCACGGAGAGCCUGUGUGGCGACUUGUUGCACUUCACGAAGAGUCUCGGCACGGCGCACACAAGGAUGAGCUUCCUGGACGGUUCACAACCUCCGAUGGUCAAGACGUCCGAGCUGAUUUCGGAGACUUUGGUUCAGAUUUUGAAAGGCGAGCCGAAGGAGAAACUCCCCGGCGGCUGGACGAGCACCGGUCCUCUCGUUCAGGGACUUUCUGUGUUCAUGGUCGCCAAUAGGUGUGACAUCAACCUCGGAGUGAGAGGCUGGGCCGAACUGUGUCUCCUGGUGUCCUCAGAGGCUGCGAUGGACAAGAAAAACCUGGACGCGUUGCUUAGUACUUUCCAGCAAGCAUCAUACACCGUGGUGGCUCUGAUAAACGUCUGCAUGCAGCAGUUGGUGUCGGAGCUCGUGCUGCUCGUUCCUCUGCUCCUCAGGCUCAGACAGCCGGGGGCCGACGCAGCGAGAGUGGGUCCGGCUGUGGAGGAGGAGAACUGGUCGGGACUCGAACGAGUCAAUUUCAGCAGGUUCAGGGAGAAUAUACAUCCGUACUCGGACAAAAGAAAGAGGAUGCUGAGUCUGAUCCAGCAACGCUUAUCUCUGGCUGAAGAGACGCCUCUGCUCCUCACGAGCUGGUUGUCUCUGGUCGCGUUUGAGGAUGUUCCUGAAUUUUCAGACCUGACGGGAAUCACCGCAGAGCACCUGAUCCAGAGUCUGAUGUACCGGCUGAGAAAAUGUGGAGAGUUACGGGACAACAACAGAGCACAGGAAGUUGUAAAGCACACUCAGAAAACCCUGACCCAUAUCCUGCAGAGGGUGGACAAAGAGAAGGACAGGAUGAUCGAAUCGGGAAACGUGAAGUCGGCGUUCAUGAGCAGCGUCAGCGUGGUGAAGAGCACGUGUGGGAUGGCGCGGCUCGUCCCGUGGUACCCGGCGGCGGUCCUGUCCUACCAGCUGGUUUUGAAACUGGCAGAGAUUCUGGAUGCUAAACUGAGGAAAGAGUCGUCGGACGAUGAGUAUGAGACCUCAAAGCAGAAACUUUUGGAUGAGCUAAACGCUGUGCAGCUGCAAAUCAGCGAGUGGAGAGACGAACUGCUGCAAAAACCUCUCAUGACGACAUCGAAGUGUCUCACCUACCCAAAGGAAAUAGAGAUUUGGGAUUCACUCCUGAAGGUGGACUGCUCUCUGGAAGAGGUUUCCUCCCGCUGGAGGUUAAGCCUGAAAAAAGAUCUCAAAAAGAGGAUUUCCAAGGCGAGCGACGAGGACAAAGUGCUGCUCUGCUGCCUCGAGUCGUCCUCCGCAGCUGUUAGGAAGAGUGAAGAUGUUGUACAGACGUGUUUCCAUGAGCUGUGUCAGUCUGCCAUCAAGACAAUCUGCCAGAGAGGACAGGAGGGGGACCUGAUGCGGACUCUCAGCUCCAAGGUGAAGGACCUCCCUGAUGUUGUCUUGUCUGCUGUUGUGGUCGAGUCAGCAGCUCGAUUCAGAGACAACUCUGUGGUCCAGCUGCUGGAUCCUCAGUCCGCCAUCAACCACCUGCUGUCUCACAGUGACUGGAGGUCGAUCCAGGUGGACGACGCUGCAGGACAGGUGGUCCACAGCUGUCUGACCGUCCUGCACUCUCUGGUGGAGUCUCUGCUGCAGGGACACGUCCCCCUGGGACACCUACAGAGCUGCCUGAAAUAUAAGGAGCAGUUUAAGAGGCUUCACCAGCAGUACAAGAAAAACAACAGAUCUGAGGCGGUUCCUGCCGAUGCAGACGCUGUUUUGGCUCAGAGAGAAAAGGAUCUGAAGGUUUUCGUGCAGAGAAAACAGCAGAUGGACACGCUGAUAAAGAUGAUGGCAAAGGUCACAGAAAGCAUCACAGUUCCUGAGAUGCGGACUCUGGAGGAGCAGCACAGCACAGACCUCCAGACUGUGAGCCUGAACAAACUAGUCCUGGUUCAGCCCUUUGACUCUGAGGGCAAACUGGGGAGGACGGGUCCGUCCCAGGUACUCUGGUAUAACACCAGUCUGAACGCCCUGAAAAUGUCCCAAGAGAUGCACAGACUGCAUCACAGCAGCCUGAUCCUGUCCUCCUGGGUCAGCGGGGCCGCCUCUUUGGCAUCAGCGAGGCAACCCUGCUCUGGUCCCGUUUCCGUCACCUUAGCGCAGAUCUGCGAGAACAUCUGGACGCCGCUGCUGAACGACUUCUACCAGCUGAGCGUCAGCAUCGCAAACGCAGACAUCACCUUCAAGGAGCUGGAUCAGGUUUUGUUGGAGUCUGGAGACCGGGGAGACGGGCAGCUCAUGAAGAAGGAGCUGGUUCUGAUGUCAGAGACGCUCUGUGAACCUGCAAAGACGGACUGGGUGCAGCUGAGACUGGGUCAGAUCCAGGAGUAUCGACAGCUCCACCAGGCGGCGGCUGCAGCCAGCGCGAUGCUGAAAAUCGCCGAAACAAUGAAGCUUUCUGGGAACUUCACGCAGAUCGGCACCCUGAGCCAGCUGGAAGAAGACACGUUUAAGCAGCGGCCCCUGCGGUCCCUCAGUGACGACCUGCUGCGUGCAAAACAGACUCUCUCCACGGUCACCGAGCAGCACACCGCCUGCCUGGACGAGUUUCUGAAGAGCCAAACUCUGGUCAGCUGGGUCAGAAAAAACCUGAAAAGUAUGAGCGACGUGAAGGUGUAUGUGGAGCUGGCUUCCAUAUCUGCUGGAGAGAACGACAGAGAGAUCGACCAGGUGGCCUGUUUCCACGACGCAGUGAUGGGAUACGCCCCUCUGCUCUACUCCCUCUCCCCUCAAGCCGGUUUUGAGGAGUUCAUGAGGUGUGCUCAGCAGGUGUGGGACACCCAAAACAGGGAUGAGAAGCUCCCUCACAAACUGAAAGAGUCGACUCGCCUGCUGGACUGGCUGAAAGCGCUGAAGGAGACUCACGGCUCAGUGGAGCAGUCCUCUCUCUCUCUGGCGUCGUCUAUUAACGCUCACGGAGUUUAUCACGUCGGAUGGUCGGAUCACAACACAGAGAAGAGAUGUCUGCAGAAUAUGGUGCAGGUCAGGGUGAAAACGGGCAGAGAGGAGAAGAGCUACAAGCUUGAAGACCUGCUGGAGCUGCAGAACAAACUCAUGCUCAUGUCGUCCAAAGGGGAGCACGGCCGAGAGCAAGUCAACAGGUUCACAGAGGUUUUUGAAGGAGUUCAGAGACUGGGCGCCAUCCUUCUCCAGAUGCAAACAUCCGGCAACAUGCUCUUUAGGGAGUGGCGUGCUGAGGUCCAGUGCUGCCCUCGACAGCAGCCGUGCAUCAAAGCCGCCUUCGUAUCCCUGCAGGGGAGAGAGAUGGCGUACUACGGCGAGGUGACCGAGCAGAUACAGAAGCUGGCUAACUCCAUGGACAGCUGCCAGAAGGAGUGGCGCUCCUUCGUCAGUGAGAUGCGCUCCAACUUCAGCUUGCUGAAUCACUACACCUCAGAGCAGAUGGUGUACCUGUGCCACUGGAUACACAAAGUGUGUCAACGGCAGGCGUCACUUCCCCAACAGUUACGGCACCUGCUUUUUCCCAUAAAGCCUCAGUGCACUCUAAGUGAUGUCAGAACUGCUUACAGUUAUGCAGAAAGAGUCGCCUCAAACUAUGAGGAACUGAAAGAUGUUGAAUAUGACGAUGAAGAUCAAGUGCCGCUCAUUCUUUCUGUGGAUGAAACACCAGCUUCACCUGAAGAGGACGUGGAAGAGGCUCACGAUUUGAUGGAGUUUUCGUCAGAGGAUGAAGAUGAUGACGCCAUGAAAUGUGAUGACGAUGGCAAAAGGAAGUGCGAUAAGGACAGUCUUGAAGAACUGUGGCGUAGAUUCAAGAUCGACAUGCCACAGUAUCUCAACGAGUACUUGGACAUCCCGUCUCUGGGCCACUUCCUCUCGUGCCUCUCUGAAAUAAACCUGCAACACGUGAUCAGGCACCUCCCUCCGGUUCUCCAGGAGGGAAAACCCAAUCUUGUGCUUUGUCCCAGUGCAGAAGUUUUUCCCACCGUCUUGUCUUUCUACAUGCAGAGUCCAGAGCAGCCUCUGCCGUCUACCGAUGAGGUUCUAGUCUGCAGAGAGGAAACCACAGAAGAGGAGGUGGAGAUAUUUCUCCGCCGAGCUCUCGGCCAAGGCUCCGAACUGAACUGCCAGAAGAUACACUGUCUCGUCAAUCCGGUGCUGGGAUAUGAUGUCAGUGUGUCCUUGGGGGAGCUCUUCCAGGGUUUUGAGAGAAGUGCAAACCCGCAUUAUCGCUUGAUAAUAGUCAGUCCGGUUGUGCACCAGCACAGAUAUGUGCCCUCUUUCUUCAGCAAUGAGAAAGUUCAGGCUGGUGUGAGUCUAACGGCGCAGACUGCCAGGAAAUAUCUGCAUGACCACUUCAGACUGAACGCGUUGCCACAAAACCCUGUCGCACUGGUUUCUCCUGAUCAGCUCUCAGUCUGGAUGGUGUCAUCUGUGCGCCCUGCAGUUGGGAAAUCCCUAUAUGUGGAUCGUCUGUUUGAGAAGUUCCAGCAUAAAUCCUCCAGAGCAAAACAUAUCAGGAUCAGACUGAUUGAGCCAUGCGUUGAUAUCGACUCCUUGAUAAAAAGUCUAUCAGAGAAACUGGCCCCGUUGAGAGAGCAGGACCCUGUCCUCCUGCACAUUGACACUGCUGGAGUUCGCUCAGGUCUGGAGGAGCUCCUGUUCCAUCUGUUAGUUUUGGGCUCUUUGAGCGACAGCCAUGGCAUGCUGUGGAGAAGGAAUGAAGCUCACUUGAUCACUGUUGAGGUCCUGAGAACAAACACAUUCCCUCAAAAACAGACAAAACAGAUGAGACUUGGACUUCUUGACAUUCUGCCUACCAUCCACUGUAGACCUCCUAAAGAGGUUAAACAGUUGUCCAGUAAAGGGACGCAGACCAAACAGACCUUUGACCCACUCAUGGAUGAGCAGGAGUUUUGCAGUGAGGGGAUUCAAAGACCCUAUCAGUACUUGAAGCGCUACAGAAGUAACUACAAUCUGGAUCGUUUUAACUACCAGGAAGGAUCCACAACCGGGGAUCCGGUUGAUUGCAUCAAUCACUUUCUGUCAUACUGUGGGAUGCAAGAUCCAUCUUGGGCUGAGCUGAAGAACUUCUCCUGGUUCCUCAAUGUGCAACUGAAAGACUGUGAGAACUCCAUUUUCUGUGAUCCAGAUUUUCUGGCGGACCAGCUGCCUGGUUUCAAGGGCUUCAUUGUAAAGUUCAUGAUUCUAAUGGCAAGAGAUUUCGCCUCACCAUCGCUGAACACAUCUGAUCAAAGUGCCAUGCUGCACAUUGAUAACAGUUUGGAGGAUGAUGAUCUUGCCCGUCUGACAAUUCGUAAGCAUUGGGAAAAUGAGUCUCAUCCAUACAUCUUCUUCAAUGCAGACCGAUUCUCAAUGUCUUUUCUUGGCUUUAAUGUGAAGAAAUGUCAAAACACAAUCUGUGCUGUAGAUCCUCACAGUAGCAAAGUCCUGAUAGAAGACGUGAUGUCGCAAAACCUUCUUCAAGGUUUGGAACGGCAGCAGAUCUGUCUCACUGAAGACUUUGAUCAGCUGUCCCGGUCGGCCAAAAUCAAAAGGAUUUCAUGCGUUGUUGGUGCAAAUAGAGGAGUGACGGACAGAGAAUUUGAUCCAGACCCAACAUAUGAGCUAACUGCUGACAAUGUGAUGAAGAUGUUGGCCAUACACAUGAGAUUCAGGUGCGGGAUUCCAGUUGUCAUCAUGGGAGAGACUGGCUGUGGGAAAACCAGAUUAGUCAGUUUCCUUUGUGCUCUGCAGAGGGAGGAAAAACCAGUGGAGAACAUGGUACUUGUCAAGGUACAUGGAGGAACAACAGCAGAGAUGAUCUACAGAAAGGUGCGGGAGGCAGAGAGACUUGCUGAGAGGAAUCAUAAACUUCACAAACUGGACACUAUUUUGUUCUUUGACGAAGGCAACACCACAGAGGCCAUUUUCGCCAUCAAGGAAAUCCUGUGUGACCAGUCAGUGAAGGGGCAACCUCUGAAGGAAGGGACUGGCUUGAAAAUAAUAGCUGCUUGCAAUCCUUACAGGAAGCAUUCACCUGAAAUGGUGGAACGUUUGGAACGUGCAGGUUUGGGAUACAGAGUGAAGGCAGAUGAAACAGAAGAUCGCCUUGGCAAAGUCCCUCUAAGGCAGCUGGUGUACAGAGUUCAUCCUCUGCCUCCAAGCAUGGCUUCCUUGGUGUGGGACUUUGGUCAGUUGAGUGAUUCAACUGAACUUUCCUACAUCAAGCAGAUUGUCCAGAAGCAAGUUGACGACAAUCAUUUGCCAGUGGUCUGCGGGAACAUAAUUUCAUAUGUGCUGGCAGCCUCUCAGAGAUAUAUGCGAAGCCGGAAAAAUGAGUGCAGUUUUGUGAGUCUUAGAGAUGUGGAGAGGUCUAUGAAAGUGCUUGUUUGGUUUUACCAGCAUAGCGAAGACCUUUUCAUCAGCUGCUCUCGUCUCAGUGAGGCUCAUAAAGCACUAAAGUGCUUGAGUCUUUCAGUUGGAGUCUGCUACUACCCGUCACUGGUGGACAAAGACCAGUACCUCUCUGAAAUUUGUCAGUACUUUCCAGACCCUCUCCACUCUUCAGCAGCACUGCAGAAAGAGAUUUCAUCCUGUCAAGACUUGUUCCUAAAGAACAUACAAACAAGGGAGACCAUAGCCAAAAAUGUUGCACUCAAAGAGAACGUGUUUCUCAUGGUGGUUUGCAUCGAGCUCAGGAUCCCACUCUUUCUGGUUGGCAAACCAGGCAGCUCCAAGUCACUCGCCAAAACAGUUGUUGCUGAUGCCAUGCAGGGCCAGAACUCCCACUGUGAACUGUUCAAGAAACUCAAGCAAGUCCAUAUGGUCUCCUUCCAGUGCAGUCCUCACUCCAGUCCAGAGGGCAUCAUCGGGACAUUCAGGAACUGCGCCCGUUUCCAGAAGGACAAAAACAUGGACGAGUAUGUAUCGGUGGUGGUGCUUGAUGAGAUAGGACUGGCAGAAGAUUCUCCGCAGAUGCCCCUGAAGACCCUUCAUCCCUUGGAGGAUGGUUGCAUUGACAAUGACGAGCCAGAUCCACACAUGAAGGUUGGCUUUGUUGGCAUUUCCAACUGGGCUCUUGACCCAGCAAAGAUGAACAGAGGAAUAUUUGUGUCGAGAUGGGAUCCGAGUGAGGAUGAACUUGUGGAAACUGCCAAGGGAAUUUGCUCAUCCUCCAACCAAAUUCUCCUCAAAAUCAAACACCUGUUCCCAUUGUUGGCAAAGGCCUUCUUGAGCAUCUGCAACGAGACCACAAAGAAUCAGUUCUUUGGGCUAAGGGAUUAUUAUAGCCUGGUCAAAAUGCUCUUUGCUGUGGUCAAAUCAACCAAUCAAGAGCCAGAUGGAGGACAGUUGGUAGAGGCCAUCUUGCGUAACUUCAGUGGACAGCCAGAAGGUUUUGACCCCGUCUUGUUUUUCCAAGAUGUUUACCAAAACGUAAUGGAAAUUCCAAGACCAAGCACCUUGCAAAUGGUGAAAAAGAAUCUUGACCAUGACUCCAACCAGGAGAGCCGUUACCUCCUCUUGCUAACCACCAACAACGCAGCUCUCCACAUCCUUCAGCAGCAAAUCUUUGCCAAAGGAGACUGUCCACCACCUGAAAUAGUCUUUGGCUCGGGAUUCCCAAAAGACCAGGAGUACGCCCAAAUCUGCCGCAACGUUAACCGGGUGAAAACAUGCAUGGAGACUGGACGCACUGUCAUCCUCCUUAACAUGCAAAAUCUUUACGAAAGCCUCUACGAUGCCUUGAACCAGUACUACGUGUACCUCAGUAAUCAGCAAUAUGUUGAUCUUGGUCUCGGGUCCCACAGAGUCAAAUGUCGUGUCCAUACAAACUUCAGACUGGUGGUAGUGGAGGACCAGAAGAAGGUCUAUGAGCACUUUCCGAUGCCCCUCAUCAACAGGCUUGAAAAGCACAGGGUGGAUAGGAGCACCGACCUGGAACCAUGGCAGCGCAGGGCUCUUCAGAAACUGAAGGAGUGGGUGAAGGAAUUCUCGGGUGAGGCCUCAGAGGAUUUCAGGCUGUCUGACAUUUUUGUUGGCUAUCACGACGAUGCCUGUGCCAGCGCUCUUUUGCAAGCACUGGAAAGGAGAGUGCCAAAUGUUGAGGAGGGAUCAGUGAGACAACAGAAUGAAAAAGAAGACUCACAGGAAGGAGAUGAACCAAACUCAACACCUGAAUCAAUCUCCAGUGAACAUAAAGAGGUAACUGAUAAGGAGGACGAUCAGUUGGGUGAAGCAAUGGAUAUUGAGAUUGUUGUAGAGGAGGAAGAAAUUGAGCUGAAUGAUGAUGACGAGAUCAACGCAUUGCCUGAGAGCGAAGAGAUGAUGGAGACAGAAAAUGCUGUUGGAUCUGCUGCGGUAAACGAUGAAGAGGAAAUCUUCGAAGUAGCAAAACGUCUCUUGUUGAACUGCGCCACUCCUGAUGCUGUUGUGAGGCUCAAGAAUUCAGAUUUAGCCAAACAGGAGAGAGAGAAACUCCAAAAAAUGUACUUCCAGCAGCAACACCACCACUGCCUGCGGGAUUUCCUGAAAGAUUGUCUGAAUCAGCAUCAGGAGUCCAGCAAGUUUCUGGAGAUAACCACAUUUUCCAGCUUGCUGACCAGAUUGGACGUCAAGGUUUUAGCCCAUGCUCUUGGACUGCAUACGGACAGGAUCCUCCUGCUCUCGCUCCACCAGUUUGACACCGAGGUCUCCUUCUGCAACAAGAUACGGGGUUUCCUUCAAGAUGCUGGCCACUCUCUUCAGAUCCUGUUGAUCCAGAUGGACCUUGAGGAGUCCCACUGCAGCGAUGAGCUCAUAGCAUCAGCAAAAUACUGCACCAUGAAUUACCUGAUGUCGCUGGAGGAUCAGACCUGUUGGGUGAUUUUUAUUGUGAAGGUUUCCAGGAUCCCAAGUCAAUCUCAGUACAUUGGCUUUCAAGGAGGAGUCUGGCACUCGGUGCAUAUUGACGACCUGAGGGAUUCAGAGGACAUGAGCCUGAACCUGUUGGUUUUCUGUGGAACUCUCAUCAGCAACCUGCUCAGCCCCACACUGCCAGAACACGAAGAAGAUGGAGAAACAGCGAAAAAAAGACAACACUCUCAAAAAGAUACAAAUGGAGAUAGAGCUCACCUCCACAGCCUGUCCUUAGUAAGAUCAUGUAUCCAAAAAGCUGUGGGUUUGCUGAGGGACCCUGACGCCGUUACGUCGCGAAGCAUGCAGCGGAUGCACAUCCUCCUGACUCUUCUUGGAGGUGGUAAAUCGCAUAUAGGAGCUCAGUUUCAGGAGGUGUUGUUGAGCAGACUGGCCGAGGCUUUGGCUCAAAGAGAAGAAAUGAUGUGCUCUCCUAAAGAGUGGGUGAACAGAGAAGCAAAGAAACGCCAGGCUCUGCAGGAGGGGGGAACGCUGAGACACACGCUGUGGCGCUGCCUUCAGUCCACCGUGACUCCGAUCUUGGCAUACAUGUUGGAAGUUAUGGACCGUAAUGCAAAUCUGGAGCUGCUCUCUGAUGACGGGCUCAGCCCGGGCCUGGUGAAACUGUGGUUGGACAUCCUGGCAGAUUCACAGAUUUUAGACCUUGCACCUCUGCAAAACUCAAGUGAGUCAGACCAGGAGGUGCCUGUGCAUCACUUCUUCCUGUUGGAUGGUGAAGAACAAGCCUGUGCUGCUCCCUUCAGCUGGCUCUUCAGGAUGCAGCUCGACAGCCUGUGGGAAGAAUCCGAGUUUAUGCCAGUAACCAAAGAGGACGGCACCAGGAGGAUUCUGCAGAUUGUGAAGACCUUCACCAGCAGCGGGCUGUGCGGCCACCUACAGAAACUCUCAGACGAGGACAGAUCCGAGUUUGGCCACCGAUUUCUACAAGACUCUCUGCUGCUCUCUCUGAAGAUCAAGUCAAAGGACGAGCUCAGGGUGUUCACCAGAGCGCUUCUGAGCUGCGUGUCCGAGCUCCAGACGUCCGUGGGCGUCGCCGCUGAGCUCUCUCCUGCGUGGAUAAUGGCUGCCGCCAAACAUUUUUCCCUCAGACUGGACACUCUGUGCCACAUAUUUCUGCUGCAGCCUCAGUUAGCUGCUGAAGUCCUUCAUCAGGGGUCACAGACUGAACCCCAGAAAAUGGUGGAGGACAUUCGAGCUCUGGGUUUCUGCGUUGAACAGACCAAACUGCUGACUGUGACGUCGCUGCAGGAGUGCGAGUCGUUUGUGAGCAGAGUGGAGCUUCUGCAGCCGUGUCUGGAUCGACUGUUCGGUCAGAAAUACAGAACUCUGUGCAGCCCGAGCUGUCUGCAACAUCUGGACUCCAUCAGGUCACUGUGGCAGCAGAUGCUGGUUGUUGCGUCUUUCAUCCAGAACGUCCUUUUUAAAGUCCAACAUGACGACUCGAGACUGAAAAAACUGGCUCUGAAACACUGCGACCUUCUCCUGAAACUGAUGCAGGCGUCACCUGAUGUGCGGAGCGUUGAUUCGCUGCAGCAGCUGAUCCGGAUCCUCAAUUCUUUUCAUGACGACUGCAUCAGCAGAGAUCUGAGGUUUGGUAUUACGUGCCCGGUGUGUCUCUCGGAGCUCACAGAGCCGUCCGUCCUGCCCUGCAAGCACGUCUUCUGUCUGCCGUGUCUCCAGCGCUGCGCUGAGAAGGACCGACGCUCCUGUCCAACAUGCAGGACGGACCUGCCGCAAGACUUCAGGCCGACGGUUUCUGAGUCCAUAAAGGCGUCUCUGCGGCAGCAGGCGGUGAUCAGGUCCUGCUGUAACUCCUUCUUCCUGGAGGUGGUGUCCAGGUUCAGUCUGUCGGAGGGACAGGAGCCCGCAGAGGGAGUCGUGAAGCUGCUCUUUUCUUUACUCGUCUCCGCCAACGGCGACGUGUACAGGACCAGAGAGCUCACUCCUUUCCUGGAGUGUGUGGAUAACAGUCCGGUGGUUCGGUCGGUGCUUCCCAAACUGCUGCUGCAGUACAGUUUCGAGCAGGUGAAGAGUCACAUUCAGACGUACCUGCAGAAUCUGGAGGAGAAUCUUCUGUUCAGAGAGGACCGAACUGAACUCUACCUGCUGUUUGUCAAAAGCUUCCAGGACUCUCUGUUGUGCUCAGAAGCGAGAGAAGUGGAGCAGAGCAGAGAGCAGCAACGCGCAGCAGAGAUCAGAUUUCUGAGCAGAAUCGCCCAAAAAGAAACUCCAGACCGACGUGAAGAUCCUGCAGAGUUCCUGCUCAACAUCGCCAGACUGAGGAUCUGUCUGAGCGCCGCGGCACGGCUGCUGGAGAGCGCCGCAGCUCAAGGCCGGCCUGAAGGCGCCGAGGCUCAGUUCCUGCAGCAGGUGAGGGCGGUGUGCGAGUACUGUGGUAACGACUGGCUGCGGGUUUACCUGCUCCGAGCGCUCCACAGACUCUCAGGCGUCGACUGCAUCCUGUCGCUGAUGAACUGCCCGACCUGGAGGUGGGUCUUCCCCGCAGAUCUCCUGCGACUUCAGAGGAUGACUCAAACAAACGUGGACCAGUUUCUCUGCUGUGGGGCGACGUAUCGAGCUGUGAGAGACGCCGUGAAUCAAGUUCUGUUUGAAAACAAAUCUGACGCAUUCAUGACACAAAUACAGAAGCUGAGAGGCUCUCAGAUCAGCCUGCUGGCUCUCGCCUUGUUCAGACAGGUCACCUGCCGCUACAAGUCACCUGACCAACACGUGCAUCCCUCCACGCAGGAGACGGAGCCGCUGCUGCAGCUCCUGAGUAAAGUCCAGUCAAAGGAGUUCAGGGAGUUCUGCGCCGCUCUGCUGCUGAAUCAGAUCGGCGGACCGGGUUCAGGUCUCCACAUCAGCUCAGGUCUUUCGGCUGAGAGACAAACUCUGCUGGAGCUGCUGGUCCAUCUGGACUCUGUGAUCCUCAGCGGGAAUCCUCUGCUGGUUCCUCUGCAUCGGAUCGCCUCCCAGCCGCAGAACGUCACAAACUCCUUUCUGCCGACGAUGCCUGACGAUCACCUGAGUGAAGCCAGACAGUGGUUGGCUAGAGAGAAAAACGCUCAGCUGUACUUUUGCCCCAAUAAACAUCCGUUCUUUGUGACUCAGUGUGGUAGACCGGUGGAAACAUCUACCUGUCGUGACUGUGGACUUCCAGUUGGAGGAGUGAAUCACAACCCAGUCCCCGGUUUUACCGCGCAAACAGGGCAGAGUGUCAGGGAUCAAACUCGGACAGGACACAUAUUAGGAGACGCUCGUCAGAGGUCUGAAGCUCCUGAGAGACAGAUGACGUCCGCUCAGUCCUGCAUCCUGCGGCUGCUCACGCACCUCGCCAUGCUGCAGGGCGCCAUCAGAAACCACAAGGGAGUCAGUGACAUGAUCCACCCGCGGCCCCGUGAUGUUUUUCUCUUCCUGUGGAACCAUCUUGAAAAAGACCUGCGUGUUUUGGGGAAGGCUCUGGAUCAGAACAUGGACAACACAGCAGUUACUAUUCAUUUGAUCCUGAACCAGUCUACUGCAGGUUCCCGUGGAGCAGGAGCAGAUUUGUCCACCAAACAGAGACGGCAGCAGUGGGAGAGACUCGUCUGUGAGUCUGCCAUCAGCCCAGUACUUCGAGAUUUGCAGAGGAAACUGUCUGAAGCUCAGGAGAGAAUCGCAGCUGACGACGGACUCGCUGGAAGUCCCCUAAUGAAUCUCCUCUUUAAGGAUCCUGCCACCAUGCUGUCCCUCCCCUCCGACUGCCCGACACAUCGCUCGUCCUUCUGGACUCUCCCCGAGACGAUGACGGUGGAGCGCUUCUCUCAGCUGGUGGGAGAAGCUCAGGGACGAGAAGCUCAGGGACGAGAAGCGCAGGGACGAGAAGCGCAGGGACGCAGCUCCUUCACGCUGCUGAGCCUGUUCCUCAGGAAGAUUCACUGUGUGAGGCAGUUACAUCACCUGCCGGAGCUGGCGGCUCUGCAGUCGGACCUGCUGAGGGCGUUUCCUCUGACGUCCGACUCAGCUCACACUAUAGCACAGAUGUUACAGCGAAUACCAGCCGGAUACCAGAAGAAGUCGCUGGUCGAGAGAGUGGAGACGUUCAUCAGGGUGUGGAACUGCCUGAGAGCAGAGGUCGCAAACAACUCAGAGCUGGGUGUGGAUGUGAACUUGUGUGAGAAGGAGCUGACAGUCGAGAGCUCUGGGGAGUUUCUGACCCCGUCCCGACACGGACCGGGUUCGUGCCUCCGAACUCUGGUCGACUUCCUGUCGGAGACUCACAACAGUCUGGUGAGAGCGAGCAGGCGAGAGGACAGCGAGUACAGUGUUCCUUUAGAGAAGAUAUCAGAGACCCAGCUGACUCUGUGCAGCCCAGAGAGGGAGCUGCUCCCGCUGGUUUUAUCCCACUGCCAGUACACCCUGAGGAAAGGCGGCGAGACCGACAGCAGCUACGACCUGCUGGGCAUCCAGACCCAGCUGGCCCGCCGCUUCCUGGCAGGAAAACCUCUUAUCCAGGCGGACACCUCGAGGUACCUGAACAGACACCUGCAGGAUUUCUCUGCAGUCCUCAGCGAGGUCAGAGGAAAGAUUCAUCAGGAGCCGCUGAAGGGUUCGCUGAGCAGCGCCGUGAGGACGGUGCUGCGCUCGUACACAGACGUGUGUGACGCCGUGUUUGUGGUGGAGAUCGGCCUCCGCUUCCUCGGCAAGACGGGCGGAGAUCCACGAGGUCGACUUCUGACCUUCCUCUCUGAUUCGCUGCAGAUGGAGCCGCAGAUUUCCAGCGCCGUCGCCAAGGGUCUUGGAGAGAGCAGACUUGAACACAGCAUUUUCACCUGGCAGCUCCUGACUGCGUGGAAAUCUGAGCUCAUGCUGAACAGAAAGCAAGAGCCGUUUCAGAAGCUGCCGCCCGACUUCCAGCAGAAGCUGAAUGAGGAGCAGAGGAGAGGCCUGAAGCUUUUCCUCGCUGUCACUGAUGUCGAGAUUUUCUCUCUGGAGCUGCACGAAAUCCUGCUGCUGAAGACCAACAACGCCGUGACGGAGCAGCGCUACUACCCACACUGGGACCUCAGGUCCACCUUAGAGGUCCAUUUGGAGCAGAAAGACCUUCCAGCUCUGCCAGAGCUGGACGCUUUACCGAAGGACAUCACAGUGGGACAAGGGGCGGACGUGUGGAGGGCUGCUGUGGAGUUUAAAAGAAGAUAGCUGAAAAUGUCUGAUCUUUUAUGUCUGAUCUUUGUUUCGUUAUUGAAAUAUUAAUAAUGAGAUGUCUGGUCUUUAGAUGUCUGUGAUUAAUGCAUUCCAUAUAAAAAGGGCCGUUCCGAUUAAACAUGUCUGUUUAAUUGCUUUACGAAAACUUAAUUUACAAU